AAAGCCUGAGAGAUCUAACCAUAAGGGACUGUCAGUGGCUGGGUUGCAUGCCUGACAUCUCGCACCUGAAGAAUCUAGUGAGACUCAAUGUUUCAUGGUGUCCAUGUCUAAUUGAGAUUCCGGGCCUUGGGAAACUAACACACUUGCAACAUCUUGGCAUUGACUAUUGUGACUCCUUGAGAAAGUUAGAGAAGCCACAGAAUCUGAAAGAGCCCAUAAAAGUGCACUUCAUCGGAUGUGACAAGUUAAGCAGACGAUCCUAUCGAGAAUGGAAGGUGCCGACGACCAUUGCAAUGGGCAUAGACACCGGCGAGGAGGAAGCUAACAUAUUGGAAUCAAUCUUGGUAUCGGGAUGUCUAGAUUUUGUCAUUACAAAUGGAAGAGCUAACGUCCAGGUUUCUGAUUUAUUGGGUAAGAGCGUCCUCCUCUACUUCUCUACUUAUCAGAGCCCUUCUUGCUAUGCUUUGUUUUUGAAGCUUGUCGAAGCAUACCAUGAGAAGAAGGCGAAAGAUGAGGCCUUUGAAGUAAUAUUCAUCCCUUUCGUACAUGAUCGAGUUGCCUUUAAAAAAUACUUUUCAAGAAUGCCGUGGCUGGCACUUCCUUUCGAUGACCCAAGGAUCUUAUCAUUGUUUUCCAAACUUGAGAUCCAUGAUAUACCUAAGCUGGUAGCUCUAGGGCCAAGGGGUCAAAUAAUCACCGAAGAAGGCAGAAGCUUAUUAGAAGCUUACGGGGCGGACGCUUAUCCUUUCACCGAUGACCACAUCGAGGAUAUGGUGAACAGUUGGCCCGAGAAGUUGCCACACGCACUGCACUGCCAUGAGCUUCAGCUCACCCCGUGGGUCCAUUACACAUGUGACGGUUGCCAAGAAAUGGGAUCUGUAUAGUCAUACUAUUGUUGCAUGUGCGAUUUUCAUCUUCAUCCCCAAUGUGCUCUAAGAGAAGGCAAAUUAGAAACGAACCAGAGUACUCGGAGAAGGACGAGUCCGAAAAGUGAGAAUCCCAGAAGCGAGCAUGAGAUCCAGCCGAAUGCAGAAUUUGAGUGACAUCAAGUAAGUGUUCGGUCAUGAAAUUAGAAGUAAAUUCCCAAUACUAGGAUUUAUACUUUUUGGUGGUUACUUGCAAUCAGUAUAUAUUUAUAUGGUAUAUCAAGACUACUAUAUUGUUCAUCACGCCAAAAUUCUCGGUGAUCUCUUCAAAACAGAUAUAACACAAUUUAAUUGAAUAAGGUGUUUAAAAAACAUUAUAAUUGCUUUCUUACAUCAGUUAUUAAGUUCGCCACGACAAACUUUGCUUUGUUUUUUUUAAUUAAGGCAUUAUUAUAUAUCACUUUUAUGUUAAGCAAUUAAUAUGCAUAAAUAUAUCCUUUCGUUUUAGAACUAUUACUAGCCGCUACAAGCCAUGGGUACCCAGAUUUUUUAUGUAUUUAUUCUAUUCAAAUUUGUACUAAAAUCUCUGAAAGAUGAACAAUAAUUUUUUUCGGCUACAAGUGAGGGUCAUAGGCAUAGUAUAUUGAAAUAGACACCUUAAAUAUCUAAUAAAGGGGUACAAGUAGUCCCAGUGGGUAUUAAAUCUGGGAUCUAUUGAUCACCAGGCGAGAUGUGCGUCACUGUACCAUACUUUUUGUUGAUAAAGACGAAUAAUAUAAUUUCAGCAUUUGUUA